GGGUUCGCGUAGCUUCGUGAGACUACUUCGGUAAUGUUCGCUCAAGGUCCGCUAUAGCCAGAGCAGCUGGCCUUAGCUGUGUGUGCGCGCGUCGGCAGGCAGAAGUUGAUUUGUGUCGUGCAACAAACACAUACCGGUACAAAUUUUAUUUUUACAACUUAUAAGGCAAGUUUUCAUUGCGCAACAGUAUCCGUUUUAAGAACAUUUUAUUCUGUUUUGGUGUUUACUGUUUUCGUUUUAAGUGCUAGCCAGUGAGAAUGUAAACUUCAUCUACGACUGCCGUCCAUGUGCCAACAAGUCGUUGCGCAGCUGCGGACCCUGAUGGCGCCGCGCGUGACGGCCGUCUUGCUGCCGCUGCUGCUGGUGGUGCUGGCUGGCGGCCUCGCUGGAGUCGCGUCCGCCGCCAGGAUCCUGGGCGUGUUCCCGUUCCCCAGCCGCAGCCACGUGGUCAUUUACUCGACGCUGAUGCGUGGGCUGGCCGCCAGGGGCCACCACGUGACGGUCUUCAGCGGCUACCCGCUGGACCCGCCCGUCGCCAACUACACAGACGUCAAGCUCACCUUCGACAUGAGCGCGCUGGCCGCUGUACGGAAAAACAAAAGCAUGUUCUCGCUUGGCGAACAGAAUGCCUUCUUCAGUGUAGUUAUAUCCCACUUCAUUGGACCGACAUUCGCAGAGCAAGCAUUCCAGCAUUCAAGCAUUCAAGACCUUAUAGCUACCACGAACGAAAAGUUCGACCUGGUUAUCCUCGCGGAUUUCUUCGUCGACGCAUUUGCUGGAUUCGCUCACAAGUUUGACGCUCCGCUGAUUUACAUGAGCCCCAUUACGGGCUUCCCAUGGACGAAUGACCUCAUCGGCAACCCUUCCCCUGACUCGUAUGUCCCGAGCAUCUUCUCCCAAUACUCUGAUCACAUGUCUUUCCGAGAGAGACUGUUCAACACCGUUAUAAACACCUUCGGCAGGCUGUUUCAUCAGCUCUACUACUUACCUAAGCAGAAUAGCAUGAUGAGGCAGUAUUUCAAAGUCGUUCCUGAUCUACCACACGUAUCUGAGAUAAUAAUCCAAAGAACAGCUUUGGUAUUCACGUAUGCUAUGCCAGGGGUCAGCUAUCCACAACCACUACUGCCCAACUUGAUCCAGAUUGGAGGAAUACAUGUGAAACCAGUGAAACCACUGCCAAAAGACUUAAAGAAAUACAUGGACGAUGCCAGUGAAGGUGUGAUUUACUUCAGCAUGGGUUCAAAUCUUCGCAGUGCUGAGUUCUCAGAAGAGCAGCGAGAUGCUUUCAUCAAAACGUUCUCAAAGUUGAAACAAAAGAUUUUGUGGAAAUUUGAAGAAGACCAACUACCGGGACAACCACAAAAUCUCAAAAUAAGCAAGUGGUUUCCACAAAACGAUAUUCUGGCCCACCCAAAUGUGGUGCUCUUCAUCACUCACGGUGGAAUAUUAAGCACCCAGGAAGCUUUAUAUCACGGCGUGCCAGUUAUUGGAAUACCCAUAUUUGGAGACCAAGCACUGAAUAUGAAAACUCUUGAGAAUCUUGAUUGUGGCUUGCAGCUGAAAUAUUCUGACAUAAACGACGCAUCGUUUGAAAGGGUAGUGAAGGAGGCGAUAACCAAUCCCAAGUACCUAAAACGAGCAAAAGAAGUGUCGAGAAUAUUUCGUGACCAGCCUCAGAGUCCUCUGGAAAAAGGGGUCUUCUGGACGGAGUAUGUUCUGAGGCACAAGGGAGCCGCGCACUUGCGUUCCGCGGCCACGCACCUCAGUUGGUACCAGUACUUGCUGCUAGAUGUCGUCGCGGUGUUGGUGCUCGUCCCAGCCGCGCUGGUGUACUGUGUUCUGAUGCUGUGCAGGAGACUGUGUUGUGCGACGAAGAAAAUUAUAAUCAAAGAUGUAAAGAAAAAGAAAAAGCAAUAAUAUGCUUUACGCCAAAAUGUUUAACGAGCAUUUAUCAUCACAUUAUUAAAGACCAUAAAAUAUCAGUUUGUGUAUUAUUGUUAAGAAAGCUGCAUCUUCAAUAUUGUCAGAAAAUCAAGCUUUGCGUGCGAGUAGUUGAACCAGGGACUCUGACUUUAAUAGUAUAAUUGAGGUGAUGAUUAAUUAAAUCCUUCCUAAUAUGUAUUUUCAAAACUUAAUUACUUUUUACACUGAACAGAGAAUGGACCAAGUUAUAUAAACAAUCACUUCAAUAAAUUUAUAAACUGUUAAUGUUUAAAAAAA